AUGUCCAAGAAGGGCCCCGGCGGCCGAGCCAGGGGGGAGAAGCUGGACGCCUUGGCUGCCCUACAGGCUGCCAAUGAAGAGCUGAGGGCCAAGCUGACCGACAUCCAGAUAGAGCUGCAGCAAGAAAAGAGUAAGGUCAGCAAGUUGGAAAGAGAGAAAAAUCAGGAGGUGAAGCAGAUCAAAGAGCACGAACAGCAUAAGAGCACGGUGGUGGUAACAGAGCUCAAAGUCAAACUUCAUGAGGAGAAAAUGAAGGAGCUUCAAGCUGUUCGAGAAGCACUUUUGAGGCAGCACGAAUCUGAACUACUUAGGGUAAUAAAAAUUAAAGAUAAUGAAAUCCAGAGACUCCAGACCCUUCUCAACGCCGUACGCGACGGCGCCCCUGACAAGGUGAAAACGGUGCUGCUGUCGGAGGCCAAGGAGGAGGCCAAGAAGGGCUUUGAGGUUGAGAAAAUAAAGAUGCAGCAGGAGAUUUCGGAGCUGAAAGGGGCUAAGAAACAAGUGGAGGAGGCCUUAACCAUGGUCAUCCAAGCGGACAAAAUUAAAGCUGCGGAGAUACGGAGUGUGUAUCACCUGCACCAGGAGGAGAUCAGCAGAAUUAAGAGGGAGUGCGAGAGAGAGAUUCGCAGGCUGAUGGAGGAGAUUAAAUUUAAAGACAGAGCAGUCUUCGUGCUGGAGAGAGAGUUAGGGGUGCAAGCCGGGCAUGCUCAGAGACUGCAGCUCCAAAAGGAGGCGUUAGAUGAACAGCUGUCCCAGAUCAAGGAGGCUGACCGCCACCUGAGCAGCCCCAAGCGCGAACUUCCUUAUGCAAGUGGUGCAGGAGACGCUUCAGAUCAUUCGGGAAGCCCCGAACAGCAGUUGGAUGAAAAGGAUGCCCGGCGUUUCCAGCUGAAAAUCGCGGAGCUGAGUGCCAUCAUCCGCAAGCUGGAGGACCGCAACGCGCUGCUGUCGGAGGAGAGGAACGAGCUGUUAAAACGUCUUAGAGAAGCUGAAAGUCAGUAUAAGCCCAUUUUGGACAAAAACAAACGCCUUAGUAGGAAGAAUGAGGAGUUGUCACAUGCCUUACGUCGAAUGGAAAAUAAAUUAAAAUUUGUAACGCAAGAAAAUAUCGCAAUGAGGCAAAGAGCUGGAACAAUAAGGAGACCAAGCUCUUUGAAUGACCUCGACCACAGCCAGGAAGAGAGAGAAGUUGAUUUCCUGCGGCUCCAAGUGAUUGAGCAGCAGAAUUUGAUUGAUGAGCUCUCCAAGACGCUGGAAACCGCUGGCUAUGUGAAGAGUGUCAUGGAACGUGAUAAGCUGCUGCGGUUCAGGAAGCAACGGAAAAAAAUGGCAAGAAUUCCUAAG